AUGGCCGAAGAACAACGCAGUCUGCGAGCAGUAUACGAAGAUGCCGAAUCAAAACGAAACACCAUCGAGAGCAGCUUCGACAGCAACUCCUCCGACUUUCAGGACAAUCUUCUCGCCGCCAUUAAGCUCUACGAACAGUGUCUGCAAAUAGCCGACCAGAUCUCUCUCUUCAGUCCCAAUGAGUCACUCGAAGACAUCAGCUCCGUCGAUCUGCAAUACCUUCUCCUCAACUACCGCAUCGCCGAGCUCAUCCUGCGAAUAAACUCGCGAGAGCAACGAAAGGCCAACAUCGAACGAGGACAGCGGAGCUAUGAGAAGUUUCUCAAGCAGCUGGACAACUACGAUAUACUCACAAAAGAUGAUGCAAGGUUACUGGAACAAUACCUCGACUCGCCGACCACAUUCUCGGUCGCCUCAACCGCAGAUGCUGCAGCAAGACGAGACACAAAGAUCAAGCGUUUCAAGGAGGAGAAAGCACUAAGGCAAAAGUUGGAAUAUCUUCGCAGGAAUCCGCUGGCUUUACAAAACGACGAUACCGCGUAUCGGGACCUGCAACUCACGAAUGUGGCAUUUGCAACGCACCAGUCCUUCGCCGCGUUGGAGUCGAUCGCACAGGAGCUGCAUAUCCUGUCCCUCGCUCCUCCACCUCAAGCUCCGUCAUCACAACCUCAAGUCCUAGAUGCUCGUGAACGGAAUGGCCGUGGGGAUGGCUACAGCGAACGUCUCGAUGCACCGAUGUCCCACCUUUCCGCCGGCAUGAAGGGUCCUCUGCUUGACAAAAGUGGCAAGCCACUGAGGCCGUUCACGUUGACAGGGAAGAGAACAGAGUUUCGAGAAGGUGUCUUCCGGCCGGACCAUAGUUUGCCCACGAUGAGCAUAGACGAAUACCUGGAGGAGGAGAGGAAGCGUGGAGGCAUGAUAGAUGGUGGAGGACCGCAAAGCCAGUUGACACCGCAGGUCGACGAGGAUGAUUAUGAUUUGGCGGACAAGGCGACAAUGAAGGCAAGAGAUUGGGACGAGUAUGUUGAAGCGAAUCCGAAGGGCAGUGGGAACACCAUCAAUCGGGGAUGA